AUGUUUAUUAGUCUACUAUUAUUCACAGCUUUUCUUGCAGACGGUUUAAGGGAUGAAAACUGUGAAAAAAUCGAGUGUGCAGAUAAAAAAAGCGAAAACAACGUUUGCUUUGAAGCUGAAGUCUCAAGCAGUUGUGAAGGAAAAAAUUCAUGCAAUGAUACAAGCUUUUUCAUAUAUAAGCCGCCUAAAGACAUGAGCUGUACCUGGGAAAACUUUCAUACCAAUGAAUAUUUGUCAGGGGAAAGAGCGAAACCAGUUCAAAAUAUAAAAUUUGAGUAUUAUCAUCAAGACUCGCGAUGCGAAUGUAAUCCAUCAGACGAAACAGUUGGAUGCAUCAAAGAAGCUAAUAAAACUUACUGUAGUGCUGGAUAUUAUUGCAAAAAUUCGGAAUCAAAAGAGUUAUGCAUUCAAGCUAGCCCAUACUUAGGCUGUAAAGAUGACUCACAAUGUCCUAUAGGCUAUGGCUGCAAUGAAAAGACAUGUGUAGAAUUAUUUUCGAUUGGAAUUGGAGGGUCUGUCAGUGACCCGAAAUUUUGCAGGUCAAUUUGGGUGCAAAAUGGGGUCUGUGAUUCAGUAAGUGUCUAUACUUAUUCAGGAACUGAUAAGCCUGGGACUAAAUUUAGCCCAAUCAAGAAUGAACGUAAAAUAUUUCCAGAUUAUGAUUGCGAUAUAGGACAUUGGUGCAUUUAUAGCUACUCUUCUAAAUUGGAAAUAUUUGACAUACAAAAAUGCAGGUGUGGAUCUGCUAGUUAUAAAACUAAUAAAGGAUACUGUUCACAUUAUGCAACAGCUUCGUUUAAACAUAUAGAAGACAUUGUCUCAAAUAAUUUGAGAUAUAAGGUGAGUAAUUGUACGGGACCUUAUGCGCAUUCAGGUGAUUUGGAAACAUUGUAUCGUUGUGGGUCAAUCGAUAGUGAAAAAUAUGAAAACUUCACUAACUCUCCUACUCUGUGAGCCAAUUAAACCAUUGGAAAUCCCAUUUUUUGAGUAAUAUAUACCUCUGUUGCUAAAACAAAAAUUUAUGAAAAAUGUUUGAUAUAUAAGUGAUAAUUAUAUAAUGCAAUCACUUUUUAAUUAUGCUAAAAUUUUAAACAGCUCAUAUUUAAAGCAUAUAUUUAACAAAUAUUAAUAUAAAUUUGUGCUUCAUUUUUUGCAAAUUAGGAUUUCUAAGUUUCGAUUAAAUAUUAUAAAAUUACAUAUUUUUUAAAAAGAAAAUUUUUUGUUUGGUAACUGUGGGUAAGGAGUGGAAUCAACUCAAAUUUUUCUCGGUAUUUUGGGGUUUCAAAGAAAUAGGUUAUGAUUCCACUCAUUGUCCUAAAGAAUUCGGUGGAAGCGCAUAUUUUACUGCUUUUUCAGUUCUAUUUCUUCUAAUAGUUUAA